AGCUUCUCCCCUCCUCCUCCCGCCUCCUCCCAAAAUGGCUGGUUCCCUCGCCGGCAGUGGGCUGUCGAAAGAGAAAUGCCUCUUCGUUGAAAGCCGAGUCCAACUCGAGGGCUACAUCACCAUCCUGGCCGAGUCGUUUCGUGCCUGCUACGAAGCGAUUCAACCGACCCUCAGCGCCCUCGCCGAGGCCAUUUCACGCCCCACGUUGAUGCACGAGUACCGCCUCACACCCUUCUCCCUGGGUGCCGCCGUGUCGAACGGUAUCGACGCGGCCGAUGCGGCGUCCUUUCUGGAGACGUACGCCUACGACCUCUCCCCCGGCACCGAGCAGGGCAAGGCGGUGCGUGGUUUUAUUGAGUCCUGCAUGCUGCGCUACAACCUCGCUCGUAUUGUCAUUGACGCAGAGAGGACGAUGGUGCAGUGCAGAAAUGAGGAUACGGCGCAGAUGCUGCUGCGUGACUCGGUGAUCGCGUCUGUCGCGGUUGCCCCGCUGAGCAUCUUCUACGAGGAGAGCGUGUGGAUGGACGAUCAGGCAUCGUUUCCUUCCUUCCUGCUGCAGAAUCGUGCCAUGUCGAAGGUCGUGGCGGCGCGCUGUGUCGUGUUGGGGCUGCCCAUCCAACAGCAGUACGAUUUCGAAAAGGACACGUCGGUGCGCACGGCGUACAUCUCGCUGCGCACCCAGACGCAGCCGCGCCGUUACCAGGUGGAAGCCGUAGAUGCCGCCAUUCACGAGGGUACGCUAAACAGCGGCUGCCUCCUGCUGCCCUGUGGAGCUGGCAAGACGCUGCUGGGGAUCAUGCUCAUGUGCAAGGUGAAGAAGCCCACCCUCGUCGUGUGCGCCGGCAGCGUCAGCGUAGAGCAGUGGAAGAAUCAGAUUCUCGACUACGCCACGUUGGAGGCGCCGCCGGUGCACGACCUUGGAGGAGGAGCAGGAGACGCGCACCCCGCAAACAGCAACAUCCACAGCGGACAGCCACACCAAAUCAAGAGCGGCUCGGCUCGAAUUGCCUGCCUUACUGGAAAGCAGAAAGACCCGAUCACCGAGGACACGGAUGUGGUGCUCACCACGUACAGUAUGCUCGUCACAGCCCACAAGGCAAAGCUGCGCCAGCGUGCUGCAAGCAAAGCGGACGAGGACGCCUUCACCGGCCGCGGCAUUCGCAAGCGCAAGGAAAACCCCAAAGAGAAGCUCUUCUCUCCUUACGGUCUUUUGAUUCUGGAUGAGGUGCACGUGAUGCCCGCCGAGGGCUUCCGUGAGAGCUUGAGCUUUAUCGACGCCAAAGGCGUGAUCGGGCUCACCGCCACGUACGUGCGCGAGGACCAGAAGAUCCUCGAUCUUUUCCACCUCGUCGGUCCGAAGCUCUUUGACAUUUCGAUGGAAACGCUUGCCUCGCAAGGCUACCUUGCGAAGGUGCACUGUGUCGAGGUGCACACGCCCAUGACGAAGGAGUUUGGGCUGGAGUACAUGGAUCGUAGCAGCAAAGCUAAGGUCGGCAAAGCGCCGGUGCUGGUCAUGCUGGCCGCCGCCAACCCCAACAAGAUGAUGUGCGUGAAGGAACUUGUUCAGCAGCACCUCGAUACCGGCGCGAAAAUUCUGGUCUUCUGCGAUCACAUCAUGCUCUUGAACGAGUACGGCGCGUGGCUGAAGGCGCCGGUCAUUUGCGGUGGCACGCAGCACAAGGAUCGCCUGAUGAUCUUCUCCGACUUCCAAAGCACCUCGAAGAUUAACGUCAUCUGCGUCUCGCGCGUCGGCGACGUGAGCGUGAACCUGCCCAACGCGAACGUGGUGAUUCAGGUCUCCAGCCACGGCGGCAGCCGACGCCAGGAGGCGCAACGACUGGGACGCAUUUUACGCCCGAAAGAUCGUGCCGCCAACGGCAAGACCGUCGACGCCUACUUCUACUCCAUCAUCAGCAUGGACACCGUCGAGAUGAACUACGCCGCGCACCGCACCGCCUUCCUGGUGGAUCAGGGCUACGCCUGUCGCAUCAUGGAGUACAACCCGCUCGAGUCCGCGACCGCGGCAGACAGCUCGGUGGCUGGCAGCAGCGUCAAGUUGCAGAUGAAGCGCGAUCGCGUUGGUGACGCGGCGAGCAUCAAGCAGGAGUCGUUGAAUGAGACGCUGCACCAGUCCAACGUGCUGCGGCCGCGGCGCUGUAGCAAUCCCGUCGCUGGUGCGGGUGCUGACGGAACACAGCGCGUUGUCGACAAGACGCAGACCAUGUCCUACCAACUGAGCCUCCUUUCGAAGGUGGUCUCGAGUUGGGAGAUGGAGUUUCAGCGGGAGUGUCGUAAGCGGGACUGCGCAAUCGGCGACGGCGACGCUGAGGACGUCGGAGAAGUUUCCAGCGAGGACGAUGCAGUGGUGGAGGUGCACCCGGUGCGGAGCUACGCUGCCAUCAAGAGUGAGUGGCGGGCCGGCAACGGCGGCUCUCUGCGCACGACUGCGCUGCAAGACUUAGUCGGCGUGGAUGACGGCUUCGUCUAUCACGAACUGUAA